UAUUUUUCACUCUCUGCGCUACGGUCACACUGUGCUGUUGCUGCAAAUAAAAAUCUUCGUAAAACUUAAGAAAACAACUCCAAAAUGACACGCCACGCCCGCAACUGCACGGCCGGAGCCGUGUAUACAUACAACGAGAAGAAGCGGGAUGCAGCAGAGUCCGGCUACGGAACAAACGCCCAGCGGCUGGGCAAGGACUCGGUGAAGUCCUUCGACUGCUGCUCCCUGACACUGCAGCCCUGCCGCCGGCCUGUGGUGACCAAGGAUGGCUACCUAUUCGACAAGGAGGCCAUCCUGCAGUACAUUGUGACCAAGAAGAACGAGUAUAGCCGCCGGCUUAAGGAGUACGAGCGACUGCGUCGCGCCGAGGAGGAUCAGCUGAACCAGGAGGCCAACACACAGCAGCAGGCGCGAAUGGAUCGUUUUGUGAAUGCCGAGAAGCCGGCAAUGACGCCCGCUCACACAGCAGCUAAAAAUAGUGAGAAGCCCUCAACGUCUGCCUCCGCUGCAUCAGGCUCCUCCUCCUCCAGUGCCACCUCGAUCUCCAACAUGACCAACGGGCACGAGAAGAAGCUGCCCAGUUUCUGGCUGCCAUCGGAAUGUCCCAAUGCUGGCUUGGCCAGGGCCAAAAAGCCAGAUCCUGCCAUCUACUGUCCCGUAUCGCAGCAGCCGCUGAGAGUCAAGGACCUGAUCGAUGUGAAGUUUACGCUGCUCAAGGAUGGCGAUGCCAAGCGCUCUCUGAUUGCCAAGGAGGCGCGCUACAUGUGCCCCAUUACCCACGAUGUGCUAAGCAAUGCCGUGCCCUGCGCUGUGCUGCGACCCACAGGCGAUGUGGUGACUAUGGAGUGUGUGGAGCGGUUAAUCAGAAAGGACAUGAUCCAUCCUUUGACCGAUCGCAAGCUCAAGGACAAGGACAUUAUUCCCCUGCAGCGAGGCGGCACUGGCUAUGCCACCACCAACGACAAUCUACAGGCCAAGGAGAAGAGGCCCAUGCUGCAGGUCUAAGAUACAUAAAUAUAUAUAUAUUAUAUAUAUGAUUGUACGCUCAGUGUACUCGAUUAGACACCUUGCCCUAAAUUGUUAAGAUACUGUUUAUAUUUUUAAAAACCCCAAUAAUUGGAAAAGGCACAUCUUUUUUAUCCUUACCUUUUUGUUUUGACAGUUUUUCAAGGCUUAUUAUCCCCAAAAACAUAUAUAUAUCAAGUUCAGUAGUUGGACUUUAGUUACUUUUGUCUUGUACCCAUUUUUCUUAACCCGGUAAUAUCCUUUUUUUAUAAACCGAAUUUUAAUUUAAAUCGAAUGUAUAACAAAAUCACAUUUAAUAAGCAAAUUAAACAGAGUUAUUUUAAACUAAACUGUUUUUUAAAGUAUAAUAAAGCAUUUCAAGUACAAAAA